AUGCCAUGUUGGCUUGCAUUUCCAAGCGUGCACUGCUAUACGCUACACUACUCCGCAUGGCAAAGGCCAGCGAAUGCUCGCCCCGUCUGCAAGCAAAGAGCCGUUGUGCAUGCAUACCAUGCAGUCGACUAUUUCGCCCUUCGUACGGGCUGGAUGAAACCUGACCUGGCCAUCGCAACACAACUCAAAUUCAUGGGGCUGAUGGUGCCCUUUGUUCGAUUUUUCAACGUCGUGACAGCUGUGGAGUGUAGCAUUAUGGCCAACUUUAUCAUGGGCGGGCACGCCGCGGCAGUCGCGCGGCGCGUUGAUGGCCUGCUUUCGUAG